AACUACCUAAAACAGGAUAUCGAGAAGAACAUCAAUAUCCAGAAUCUCCAAGAUUGUCACCAAAAUCACCAACAGAAUCUGAUAAAUCAUCAAUUGAUAGCGAUGCUUCUGAAAGAAAAAGAAGGUGGAUGUCUUCAAUAACUGAAAGAUUGAGACCAUUAUCCCCCCACAGGAGGAUGGAAACAAACAGAAGUAAUACUUCAUCACUAGCAUCAUGGCAUAAAAAUCAAAAACUGUAUACACCAUCAGUAACAAAUUCUGAAAAUAAAGAUAAAGAACAAGAAAUAUCUCAAAAUAUUGAAAGAGCAUUUAAUCAAAACAAUCAAAAGAAUCAAGAAAACAAUUCAGAACCUCAACAAAUACAGAUACAGUCUACAUUUAAAGGAUGA